UACUGAGCUAGUUUUUUCUCUUUAAGUGAAAAAAGUUACAAUGACUAUGAUUUCAAUAAGAGUUUCUGGUCUGUAAAGCAUUUUCUGUGAGUUUAAUCAUGUGUGUCUUUUUGAACAUGGUUGAAAUUUUCACAGGAUGUCAAUGUAAAGAGAGCGAAAUACCUAAGAGAAGAAAAAACAAUAUAUAGUAUACUAUAUAUUGAAAAGUAAUAUAUACUAUACUAUCUAAGAGCAACAAAAACUUAAUAAUAUAUACCCAAAAUAAAUAUGAAGUCCUAUAAAUGAUUGUUUUUAAGUGAUUUUGGAGCUUUGCAUAAGUGUUAGACAAAAGUGUCAGUACAUUUUGUACACUAGGUAUUAUUCUGAAGAUGACAAAAUAUAAAUCAAUCCAUGCAAAACUUACAAAGAAAAUGAGCUGGAAAGUUUGAAUAACCCAGAUGAACUGGAAAGCAAAAUUAAAAUUGGCAUCUCUGUAUUGGGUAAUUCACUGAAGUCAAGUUUUUUUGAAAUAUGGUCACACAGUGUAGACCAGGCUUGCCUUGAACUCAUGGAAAUAUUCCUGUAUCAGACUCCAAGGACUGGAAUUACAAACAUGAGCCACCAAACUCAGCUAAAAGAAAAGUGUAAAGCCAAAAGUAGCAGUGUAGUCACUAGAGAAGUUAUUACAGACUUGCUUAAUAGCGGCUCAGAAAAUUCAUUUCUGUAUUAAUGUUUCCAGAUAAGACUCUCAAAGUAAAGUAAUAGCCAUUACACUGUUAAGCCUGUUCCUAGCUUUUCUUCUUGUUUGUAUAAAUAGAAUUAGCAUGAUCUGGAAGUCUCUGGUAUAUUGGUUUUACAGACAACCUUGUUUUAGUUUAGUGGGCACAGCUGAUGCCUGAAGAGUUCCCAUGCUCACAGAUCUACUAUCCUUGCUCCACUUUCCUUCAAAACACACAAAAUGGAAAACUAGUUCAAGAAAAAGAAGCCUUACAGUUGAAAGAGAGCAAUCUGGGGUACAUGGAGAGAGAAAGGGUAUGGAAAAAAUCGUGUAAUUUAAUCUCAAAAAUAAAAAUAUGAAAAUAAAUAAAUAGGUGCAUAUGGUUGUACAUUCCUUUAAUUCCAUGACUGGGCAGGCAGAGGCUCCUGGACUUCAAUGAGUUCAAGGCAAUCCUGGUCUUUGUAGCAAGCUUAAGGCUAGCCAAGCUACAUGGUGAGAACCUUCUCAAAAAUAAAAGUAAAAUGUAAAAACAGGUCUGAACCAGAUGUGGUAACUUAACGUUUAUAAUUCCACCACUCAGAAGGCUGAGUCAAGAGGAUUCCUAUGACUUCAAGGCCAGCCUGGGCUACAGUGACAGACCCUGUCCAAAAGAGAAACCUUGUGCACUGUGGAAUCUGCUGUUUCCUUGGCGAAUUUGCACUGAGUAUUUACUGCAUUCUAUUGACUUUCCCAAGCACCUUCGUCACUCUUCUUAUGGUCUCCCUCUGUUGCCUAUGGGGAGGGAUAUCUCUCCCAGGGCUCAAGGGAACCUCCUGUCAUGGCCUCCUGAAAUAAUGGGACUUGAGAGACUGCCUAACAUCUGAACAUACAGAACCAGAUAAACUCUUGCACCGUUGCUACCCCAACAUUUUACUCUAGAGGAAUGCUCCUGUACAUGGAUUCCAAGCAGGUUAAAAAGAAAAAUCGCUGAUUAGAUCUCUGAGGAGCCAGGGAACGGGAUGACGGCCACAGCUGCAGCGGAGACAUCGAAAAUGGAAGAGAAGCAGCAGCCACGGCAGGAGGCCAGCAUAGAGCGAGGCAAUGCUGACCCUGAAGACUGGAUGAGCUCUGAGAGUGACCCUGAACAGCUGGGCUUUAAGAGUGGCCACAACAGCUGCCAACCUGCAGAUACUCCGCGGAAGAAGAAAGAGAUGCCCUCUAAGCCACAUCGCCAGCUCUGUCGGUCACCCUGCCUGGACCGGCCAAGCUUCUCCCAGAGCAGCAUUUUACAGGAUGGGAAGCUCGACCUGGAGAAGGAAUACCAAGCCAAGAUGGACUUUGCCCUAAAGCUGGGCUAUGCAGAAGAACAGAUUCAAUCAGUGCUUAAUAAACUAGGCCCAGAAUCACUCAUUAAUGAUGUAUUGGCAGAGCUUGUCAGACUUGGAAACAAAGGUGACUCCGAAGGGCAGGUCAACGUGAGUCUGGUGUUGCCCCGAGGGGCUAGCUCCAGAGAGAUCGCAAGCCCCGAAUUGUCUCUGGAAGAUGAAAUAGACAAUAGUGAUAACUUGAGACCAGUUGUUAUUGAUGGAAGUAAUGUGGCAAUGAGCCAUGGAAAUAAAGAAGAAUUCUCCUGCAGAGGAAUACAACUUGCUGUGGAUUGGUUUUUAGACAAAGGCCAUAAAGAUAUCACUGUAUUCGUACCAGCAUGGAGAAAGGAGCAGUCCCGCCCUGAUGCACCAAUUACAGAUCAAGAUAUUCUACGUAAACUGGAGAAGGAAAAGAUUCUCGUCUUCACACCAUCCCGAAGGGUCCAAGGCAGAAGGGUGGUCUGCUAUGACGAUCGGUUCAUAGUAAAAUUGGCUUUUGAUUCUGAUGGCAUCAUCGUGUCCAAUGAUAACUACCGAGACCUUCAAGUUGAAAAGCCGGAAUGGAAGAAGUUUAUAGAGGAGCGGUUGCUGAUGUAUUCUUUUGUGAAUGAUAAAUUCAUGCCUCCUGAUGACCCUUUAGGACGCCAUGGUCCGAGCCUUGAGAAUUUCUUAAGAAAGAGACCUGUUGUCCCUGAGCAUAAAAAGCAACCAUGUCCUUAUGGCAAAAAAUGCACCUACGGCCACAAGUGCAAAUACUAUCAUCCGGAGCGGGCCAACCAACCCCAGCGUUCGGUGGCUGAUGAGCUCCGCAUCAGUGCCAAACUGUCCACAGUGAAAAUACUGAGCGAAGACACCCUGGCCAAGUGUGGCGCAGGGAUGUCUACUGCCAAAGGUGAGAUAACCUCAGAGGUCAAACGUGUGGCCUCCAAGCGCCAAUCAGAUCCCAGCAUCCGGUCUGUGGCUGCGGAACCUGAAGAGUGGUUGUCCAUUGCGCGUAAACCUGAGGCCAGUUCUGUCCCUUCACUUGUGACUGCUUUAAGUGUUCCUACAAUCCCUCCCCCCAAAAGCCAUGCAGUGGGUGCACUCAACACCCGUUCAGCCAGCAGCCCAGUGCCAGGGUCCUCCCAUUUCCCCCAUCAAAAGGCCUCUUUGGAGCACAUGGUCAGCAUGCAAUACCCCCCCAUCUUGGUUACCAACAGCCAUGGCACCCCUAUUAACUAUACUGAGCAAUACCCAAAGUUUGAGACGAUGGGGGACCAUGACUACUAUUCAGUGUUAAACGACUUCUCCAAAGUGAGCAUCAACAGCAUGCAGAAUCAUGAGUACUAUAUGUCCGAAGCAAACCAGGGGGUAUAUGUUCGGAAUCCCAGCCUCUGUACCGACAGUCACAUGAGCCAUACCAGGAAUGACAACUAUUCCUCUUACAACAACUUGUACUUGGCUGUAGCUGAUGCCCAUCCCGAAGGCACUUUGAAGCUGCACCGCUCAGCAUCUCACAACCAUCUUCAGCCGUUUUCCCAUGGUUACCAUGAAGCCUUAGCAAGAGUGCAAAGCUAUGGUUCAGAAGAUUCCAAGCAAGCACCACACAAGCAGUCUGUCCCUCACUUAGCUGUGCAUGCCCAGAACUCAGCAACUGGAGCACACUCUAGCUGUCCUGGAGACUACACGAUGCCUCCCGAUCUCCAUCCUGUGGGAACCUCCCAGCCAGGCCGUGCUCUGGUGAUGACUCGAAUGGAUAGCAUUUCUGACUCCCGCCUCUAUGACAGCAACCCCAUGAGGCAACGGCGACCCCCUCUGUGCAGGGAACAGCAUGCUAGUUGGGACCCAUUGCCCCGUACAGCUGACUCCUAUGGAUACCACUCCUAUCCCUUAGGUAACAGCCUCAUGCAACCAUCUUACGAACCAGUCAUGGUAAGGAGCAUGCCUGAAAAAAUGGAGCAGCUUUGGAGGAAUCCUUGGGUUGGAAUGUGCAAUGAUGCUAGGGAGCAUGUGAUACCCGAGCACCAAUAUCAGACGUACAAGAACCUCUGCAACAUCUUCCCGUCUAACAUUGUUCUUGCCGUGAUGGAGAAGAAUCCGCACACAGCAGAUGCGCAGCAACUGGCAGCCUUGAUUGUUGCCAAGCUUCGGGCUGCGCGUUGACAUGACACAAAGGACUUAUUCCUUUACAUAAACACGAAUACUAAUAAUACACGAUACUAUAAUUCUAAUAAGUAAUAAUUUGUGUUGUACUUUUAAAAUUACAGAGUGUUUAUAUCAUUUUAGUUCGUAUCAACUCUGUGAGGUAGAUCUUGGUAACAUCUAAUUGUAUAGAGACGGAAACUGAAGCUUGAUGAAGUUAGCAGACCUGCCAAGGUCACACUGCUAGUAAAUGACCAAGUCAAGACACAACCCGAAGUUCUCUGGCCCAAUGUCCCAUGUCCUUUUCCACUGAAGCGUGGAGGUAGCGGAGGACAAAACGCAAGAAACCCCAAGGGAUUUCAUAACUGUUUUCUUUUUGAGUUUUUGGAGACAGGGUCUCUCCUUGUAGCACAGGCUUUCCUGGAAGUUGCUAUGUCGACCAGGCUGGCCCUCAACUCACUCUGCCUGCGGAGUGCUAGGACUGAAGGCAUGUGCCACCACACCCAGCUACCAGGGUUUGCUUAGUCACAUAUUCCAUAUUAUAAAGUAUGGAUCAUCUGUCCAAUUUAUAGAGCAAAUACAUGAGGAUCAGAUUGCAUUGUGAAUUAACCUUUUAAGGGUUUAUAAUAGAGAUAUUUAAAACUAAAAGUAACCACAAAUUUUAUUGCAUGGGUAUCUGAUCAUCCAAUAUCUUUAGCAAAGUAUAGGGGCCCAUUUGAAACUUCUAAAGAUAUAGAUGAAUCCUCCUCUUAGCAAUUCUACUGCAUGUAUGAAUUUAUAUAUUUGGUUUAAGAUGUGUUUGUAUCUCUGCUAUCAACUUUUUUAUCGUGAUAAUCGGACUGUAAGCUCUAUACAGUCUAUAGUUUACACCUGUAUAGAUCACAAAUACAACUCAAUGAUUUUGUCACAUUUUAUACUUUCAAUUUGAUUCAAAAGUGAAAUCCCAUGUCAACAUUUAAACUUUGCUUUCUUGAGCACCAGAGUAAAGCAGCUGGAUUUCUUUUAUAUAUUUUACUUGACCACAUUUAUUAACCAUUCUUGGCUUUCAAAUCUCUUCACCUUAGCAAAUUAAGGGUCAGGCUGAAAUUUUCUAUAGAGGAGGUACUCUAAGUGCAUAUUCAACACUUAGUAUGUGUGUUUAUUAUACACAAGCGCUAAAGAGCUGGACCAGGACCAAGGGCCUUACUACCAGACUCUACUUCCCUUAUCCCAGGAGGGAUGGCAUUACAGAGUUGGAACUUCUGACCAAUUCAACAUUAUAGGACAAAGUGUCGUGAAAAAGCGUGCAUAAUCAUGUACACCUCCCUCUCCUGUUGUCCAGCCUUUGAGCAAUAAGAUCAGUCAUUGGUAGAGGAGAAUUCCUUCAGGAAACAAAACCAGGGUAUUUUCUAGGUGGCAAAAGAGCAGCUUCCAAAGGGGAAGUGCUCUGCUAUGCACUUCGAAUCCAUGCAGAGAGGGUGGGCACACUGGUGGUAGGUAAUGCUGAGAUGCAGUCAAUAUUAAAGAGGGUUAUGACUUUUGGGUCAGGUAGCACCAUUUGCACAGUUUGAAUCUUACUCUGGGUAGAAUCAUUUGUAGCGACAUGCCUCUACAAGAGGCAUUCAUUGUUUUUGUUUUAAGAUGCAGUAAAUGAGCCCUCCUUUCUGAAUCCAUUGUAUAUUUCAACAUUUUGAAUGAUGCCCAGCUCACAAUUUCUGAGGCUGGAACUUAUUAACUUCUACAGUCCUUUUUCAUGAGAGUUGAGAAGGCCUGGCCGUGGCCUUUUGUUUCUUCAUGAGAAGGUGUAAUACUGCCUAUACAUGUUUCUUCCUGUGAAACACUUUGAACGUGAGGCUGUAGUCAGGGUUGUUUCUGGUGGUUUGAAUAACGGCUUCCAUGCUGCUUUCCAGCUCUCUGUGAAAGUUGAAGAAUAGUACAUCUUAAACCAUAUUCCCUUAGUCACAACUUCCCAGUUAUGUCCUCUCACCCGCUGGUUGUUCCAUUCCCAGUCUACUGAUAAAGGGAACAGUAUUUUCUACCAGGUAGGUCCAUACAAACCGACAGUUGUCUCUGCAGUGCUCUUUCCCGCCCGAGCAUCACUUCAUACCUUCAGCUUCUUGGACCUUCUCAAUCUGCCCCUUGACUAAAUCAGGGUAUUUGACAAUCUCAGAUUAUUCUGAUGCCUUUCUACCAAUUAGAUCCUCUUCCGGCCAAUGACUCUGCAGUGUCCAUGAGCUGCCCAGGUCCCAGGGAAGCACAGGACACAUCUCAUUAGCUGCAGUUUAUCUGGAACACGUUCAUGUUUAAAAUGCUAAAGAAUUGUAAGCUCCUCCCAGCAGGGGAAUUUUUUAAGAUAGCAUGUGUAUUUUUCACUUUCUAAGAAAGGAUUGCCAUUCUUCUCUCCUCGUAAAAUGUGUAUGAACCAAAGCAGCUAAGAGCAAUGCCUCAAAUAACCAGAAAUGACCUUUUGUUGAUACAAAUUGUAUCUCUUUUCUCCUGAUUGUAUAGAAACAAAUAUACAAAACUCAUCUUAAACUAUGUUUAGUACUUAAUUUUCACCAUAUUUGUGGCACUGUGUGUCACAGGAAAGUAGCCCAGGGGUAACGAGGGAGCUUUUAUUUCCAAAGGGCAGUAGUAGUUUAUAGACAAAUACAGUUUUCAAGGCCUCUUUAUUGUUAGAUGCACAACUAUUGUGUGUACAAUCUGCAACAUUGUGAUUCUCUUUAGCCUAUUAAAUUUAACAUGUCCUUAUAAAGGGGAUUUUUAUAAAGGGUCAAUAGUAAUAAACCAUAUGUAAGAAUCUUUAA